GCUCUCAGUGGACUGAUUGAUUAACUGACUUCAGGUGUGCCGCUGCAGCAGGUAGCAGGGCUGGUGGCAGACUGAGAGCAGGGCUGCAGACUGUGAGCUGGAGGGAGACUGGCAUUUUCCCCUUCUGAUCCAUCAAACAACAGAAGCAGCACCACCAGCACCACCAGCAGCAGAAGCACCAGCAUUGAACAAAAGCUGUUUUUUAUUUUACCAAAUACUGAUGAUAGUCUGAACACUCAGACUAAAAAUGGCUGACAGUCCCCGUGGUUGCACAUUAUCUUGUGCCAAAGUGUUACGCUUCAUACGGACUCUGACCCGUAAGAAGCCUCUGGAACCAGAGGGAGAAGAGUCUAACUUCUGCCGAUGCCUGACCACCGUGGACCUGGUGGGUCUGGGUGUGGGCAGCACACUUGGAGCAGGCGUGUAUGUGCUAUCAGGAGAGGUGGCCAGGGAGGUGUCCGGUCCCAGCAUCAUCAUCUCCUUCCUGGUUGCGGCGGUGGCUUCAGUGUUUGCUGGGUUGUGUUACGCUGAGUUUGGAGCCCGGGUCCCAAAGACAGGCUCAGCUUACCUUUACAGCUAUGUGACAGUUGGAGAGGUGUGGGCGUUUGUGACCGGCUGGAACCUGCUGCUGUCUUACGUCAUUGGAACAUCCAGUGUAGCUAAAGCCUGGACUGGGACCUUUGAUGACCUGGUAGACAACAUUAUUGGUAAAACUCUGAGCAAAGACACUCCGAUGGACUCACCUGGCCUGGCUCAAUACCCAGACUUCUUUGCUGCUGGGCUGAUUAUGCUGCUUGCUGGGUUUCUUGCAUAUGGUGUGAAGGAGUCAGCGAUCCUGAAUACAGUUUUUACUGCAGUGAAUGUCGCUGUACUUGUUUUUAUUAUCAUCGCCGGCUUCAUUAAAGGAGAUGUCAGAAACUGGCAAAUCAGUGCCGAGACGAUCCUGAAUGCAACUCGACUAAAAGAGAACUAUACAGUCCCCCUUAAUGAAACUGCUGACUAUGGUGUUGGCGGCUUCUUCCCCUUUGGCUUUGAUGGUACAUUAGCAGGAGCAGCGACCUGUUUCUAUGCUUUUGUUGGAUUCGAUUGCAUUGCUACAACAGGGGAGGAGGUGCAGAACCCUCAGAAGGCAAUCCCUCUCGGGAUUGUGGCGUCCCUGCUCAUCUGCUUCCUGGCCUACUUUGGCGUGUCAGCAGCUCUGACGCUCAUGAUGCCUUACUACCUGCUGGACACACACAGCCCCCUACCUGUUGCCUUUGAGUAUAUUGGCUGGGAGCCUGCAAAGUAUGUCGUGGCCGUGGGAUCCCUCUGUGCACUCUCAACAAGUCUUUUGGGAGUGAUGUUUCCGAUGCCAAGAGUGCUCUUUGCCAUGGCGAGAGACGGCCUUCUCUUCAAGCGACUUAGUUACAUGAGCUCCAGGCAGAGUCCGGUCUUCGCCACACUGUCUUCAGGAGCUGUGGCUGCAUUCAUGGUCCUGUUAUUCGACUUGAAGGCACUGGUUGACAUGAGCUCCAUUGGGACCAUUUUUGCCUACACUCUGGUUGCAGUGUGUGUUCUCAUCCUGAGGUAUAAAGAAGACACCAGUUUUGUCCACAGAUCAGAGCCGUUUGCUGUGAUGGGACUGUUUAAGCCUCCGUCUAAACCAACCCACCGCACCUCUAAAAAUGUCAACAUAGCUACCAUCAUUAUUUUGUUCCUCAUCAUCGUUUUGAGCGUGCUGUUGUCUGAGGCCCUGCCUUCCCUCCGCAGACAGGAGUGGUGGAGCGUGCUGCUCGUCACCGUCCUUACGCUGACUCUGGUCCUCGCUGUGGUGAUCAUCUGGAGGCAGCCACAGAGCACGUCUAAAGCUGCUUUCAUGGUCCCCUGUCUACCUGUAGUCCCAGUUUUAAGCGUCCUCAUUAACACCUACCUGAUGGUUCAGCUGAGAGGAGAAACCUGGAUAAGCUAUGCUGUGUGGAUGGUCAUAGGUCUGAUCAUCUACUUUGGAUAUGGAGUUCGUCACAGUGUCCAAAAACAAAGGCUUCAUGAGGCUCGCACCCAGAUGAAUAUUGUUGAUGCAAAUCUUAGUAUUGCUGCUUGAUAUAAGUAUAGCUGUGUCAUAUGUUGUCAUCCACUCACGUUUAUUGAGUCCUGCAGGCUUCGUCACGUCUUCAGCUAGAGUUGGAUUAAUGUGAUGUCUCAUUGUGAUGCCAAAUUUUAAUGCAAACCAUUUUCUGUGAAAACUGCGCUUAUAGUUUUAUGUCAUGCAAUAUAAUUUACAUAGUAUGUUUGUAAUUUAGUGCAACAAUAAUGUUUGUCUUUUUUAUCUGUUGUAGCUUGAUCAGUCAUUCAAGACUAGGUGACUUUGACGUCAUUGUGUAAUGUCAGUAUUUGACAGUGAAAAAACUUUUAAAAUAUUGUUCUAUUUGUGGAGUUUGUUUAAUAAAAUGUUGAAAUGUUGAACAAAUUG